AUGCUUCCGGGCGAAUACAGCAACCUGAAGCAAUACCACAACGACGCUAUAAGUUCCAACGCCGUACCAACAAAAGAGAGGCACAUUUACAUCCGAUCGCGUUACACGCCGAUCCAACUUCCAGCGCUAGAUUCGGACACAGUCAAUUUCUUUGUGGAACAUUUUAUGGAUAAUACAGGCCGGCCGUCACAGCAAAAGGUCUACAGUUUCGUAUUGGAUCCAACACGGAAUUCUAUUCGGAUGGAGGUUUACAAAUUAGAAAAUAUUGGUGAUAUUAAAAAGUCGCGAGUGUCACGGUCAAAAUUGCAUAAUAUAAGCACAACCGAACUUUACAGACAUCGCGAAUGUGAUAUGUUUUGGAGACGUUUGGGCAUGCGCACUUUUGCAGCAGCAACAGGUCACCAGUGUGUGGCAUAUAUGAAAGGAGAACAGGACAAUCUGCUCAACGAAAUCGGACGUAAGGUAAAAAUUCUGGUGUCCAUUGUACUGACACCGACAUAUAUUAAUACGCAAGAAGGAUGGUACCGACUAGCGGACCAAAGUACGGUCACAGAGACUGGAGUACCUUAUAAGCUAAUCAAAGUUAAGAAGAUCAAACAAAAACUCUUCUUCGUUCCAAGACGACGACUUACAUUAAAUAGAGGAAGGAGGUCUAGAUUAAGAUUCGGUCGAUCACGUCGUCCACAAAAAGAUUCACCGGACCUUACCAAUGUUUACAUAGGCCCAUGGGAAUUAAGAGACUUGGUUAGUUUGGAGGGAGCACUCACUUCCGGCCACAGUGUGAGAUACACCGUCAACUUGACCAACUGCUUCUUAAUGUCGGGCGGUGGAAUUGACCGUCUCUCUUUCGGAGAUUAUGUUAAUACCUAUGAAAUAUACAAGGACCUAGUUACGCAAGAGAUCACACAGUUGGAGUUUUCGCAUCGAAAACUUAUUCACGGGGAUCAUGGUUUCAUGUCUAUUCUGAAGGAAAUCAUCGUUCAUAGCAACUCAACUGUCAUCGUGACAGUCACGUACCUACUUCCGGCUAGCAACCAUGUUUUUAAGCAGGGUCAGUGGUACUGUCGCCUUUAUGAUUUUGCACAAAAAGACGGCAGUCUAAAGUUUAUUACAGAGCCUCACAAGAACGUCAUGCCAAUCAAGAAAUUCUCUUCACUUCUGUCGUUAUUGCAAAAGGGUCGACUUGUCCGCAUGUCGGUGGAUUAUAAUAUUUGUGCUGGCGCACGGACCAAAGCCAUUUCCGGUGGCGAAAUCACAGAUUAUGAUGUCAUGGAAUCAGAAAAAUUCCUUGAAGUUUCUAUGAGUCGUCAACUGACUAGUUACCGCGGCUACCACAAGUUUGUGCUAAAUUUUGUCACCUUUGUGUUUCACUCGAACGGCAACGUUCUUGUGCGUGCUACCACCAUGGAUUCUCUCACCUACAUGCCCUACACAUCAAGUAAAAUGCAUUGCAACUUUGGAACGAUGGACGAUAAGGGUUCAGUACGAUUAUUUUACCAAUAA